AUGUUCUUCUAUUCACCAAAUGCUAAACCAUCAACUAGUGCUAUACGUCGACCAACCCUCUCUCAUACAACUCAGCUAAAUGUUGGCCAUCUGGAUACAAGGCUUUCCUAUCAGAUUCCAGAAAUUCUUUCACGACGAGCUACAAUAGAAGCUCAAGAGUUGCUACGACAUUUGCCUGAAGAGCUACGAGUUGAUGAUCAGUGUAACCUUACACUUAGCCUUCGGCCUGAUUUACAAACCCAUGAUCUGAUCGACUUAUGUGCUUCACCUGUAUCUUCUGUAUUUUCCACCAUUGAUGUUCGCAGAGCUAGUCGGCAGAAGCUUUAUCUUCGUCGACCUACCAUCUCUAUUCAGGAGGACGGGAGAAUCAUUAUAGGUGGGCAAGAUGUUACGCCCCACAGGACGCACACAGCACUUUCUGCAGCUACUGGCGACGAAAAUCCACAGAGUAAAAAUACAGGGGUAGUGAGUAUUGAUCAUGUAACAGCCAGAUGGGAAGGUGUCCCUUUAAAUUCACAAUCGGCCCUAAUUGACGCUGACGAUGGCGCGACUGUCAUAACCGACACUAUCAAAGAUGACCAAGAGCGACAAGAACCGAAGAGUUGUCCACAACAAACGGUUAAGGUAGGUUACUAG